CUGACGCGCCGUCAGUCUGAAUUAAGAACUCUCUGUGAGCGCAUGUGGUGUGACGUACGGGUUGCGCGCGAAUUUCAAAUUUCGAAAGUUGGAGUGCAAAGUAAAAAAAAAAUCUGUUUUAUUUUUAAUCUGUUUUGAAAGGACUGUUUUGUUGAUGGUGUUAUUUUUGAUAUGCAGAUUAUCAUCUCACCAAGAAUAAUAUAGAAACGAUUAUGAAGCAAUUACCACCGUACUUAUGCAGUUGAUAAAGCAAUUAUAAUACAGCAUGAACUUCGACCCUUUCGUCGAUUCAUGUACAACGAUCUAUCAACCAAACCUGUCUCAUAAACAUGCAAACACAAACAACCGACCUAAUCGGUUUAUGAUGCCAAGUUAAGUAAUCUAUAAAUUAUGCAGACCGAAUGGAGUGCUAAUGAAUCCUCGUACAAUGAAAGUUACAGUAAUUUCAGCGAUAGCUACCAAAAUGAGAACAUUACUAUACCGCCCGACCCCAUCGAGGACAAAGCGAUUCAAGCCGCUUUUUGCACAGCCUACACAAUCAUUUUCGCAGUCGGCAUCUUCGGUAAUGCCCUUGUUUGCUACGCUGUAAUUAGGAACCGGGCCAUGCAAACUGUUACCAACCUAUUCAUAACGAAUCUGGCCUUAUCUGAUAUUUUGCUGUGCGUAUUUGCCGUACCUUUUACUCCCUUGUACACGUUUCUCGGCAGAUGGGUCUUCGGCGGUCCACUGUGCCACAUAAUGCCUUACGCUCAAGGCUGUAGCGUCUAUAUUUCCACUCUUACUCUAACGUCCAUAGCUAUCGACAGAUUCUUUGUAAUAAUUUACCCCUUUAAGCCCCGGAUGAAAAUCACGACGUGCAUUGGACUCAUUAUAUUUAUUUGGGUCUUCGCUCUCACCGUUACCUUUCCUUACGGAUAUUAUAUGACACUUCAAGAUAUUUUCUGCGAAGAAAAAUGGCCGUCGGACCAAAUCCGCAAAGCCUUUGGGGCCGUUACGACUAUCAUGCAAUUCGUGCUACCUUUUAUAGUAAUGGCUUUCUGCUAUACUUGUGUCAGUAUAAAGUUGAAUGAUAGAUUAAAAUCCCGACCGGGAAGUAAAAAUAGUAAAAAGGAAGAUGCCGAGCGGGAAAGGAAAAGACGAACGAAUAGAAUGCUCAUAGCGAUGGUUGCAAUUUUUGGCCUUUCAUGGCUGCCAUUGAAUUUAAUUAAUAUAAGUAGUGAUUUUUAUUCAUUCGCCGAAGAUUGGAGAUAUUACAUGGUACUGUUCUUCAUAGCGCAUUUUAUAGCCAUGUCUUCGACUUGUUACAAUCCGUUCCUCUACGCGUGGUUGAACGAGAACUUCCGAAAGGAAUUCAAGCAGAUUCUUCCUUGUUUAGGAGCACUAGUGACGAAGAAAUCUAAAAGGAAUUUCAAUCAGUCUGACAGAACAGGAAUGUACCGGUCGGAAAAAACUUGUAACGGUAAUGAGACCGUUCAGGAGUCGCUGCUGACUUCGACCAUAAAUAAGAUGCCUUCAGUUAGAUAUAAGAUAGAGUUAAACGAUACUGUGAAAGUUUACGAAGACGAUGUGGACAAUGUUAGCCCGGACGAGAAGCCGGACAACCCGAGUCCGAAUGAAGACUGCGUUAAGAUGUAUAUGUUUGUAGAUAAAACUGUAGUUACGUCGGAUAAGGAGCCUAUUGUAUCUGCACUGUAAAUAAUGGUACUUAUUCCCCUGACGAAAGCGUCUGUAGAUUAUAGAAAAUUCACGAAUAUAAAUAAAACCAGCUUUAAGCUUAUAGUGUAAUUAAAUGUUGUAGACAUGUGAAUAAUUAGUGUACAUUAUUAUAUACGUAAUAUAUUAUAAUAGUAUUCGCAUAAAGAUAUGUAUAUAUGUACUUAAAUUGUUAAAAGAAAAGAAUCAACAUCAAUUAUGUUCGUCAGAACUUGAGCCCAUUGAUGUAAAUGCUUUUCUAGUAAUAAUUGUAAUUGUUAUGUGAUUUUUGUGUAUUUUUGUAACUGUAACAGAGUUAUUAGGAAAUAUUGUCAAUGAAAGGUAAUAUGUGCAAUUUGAUGUUCAAAUAAAGUGUAACUAAGUUA